CAAGACGUAUAGCCUUCCUAACCUACAUUCAUAUAUUCGGCGUUAUUGCAUAGGACCGUAUCAAUGGCUGUAACUCGUCGAUUAUGAUACGAAGGACUUGCACGAGAUCUUAUAUCCUGGUAAUUAUUGGCACGUCUCCUCUGGGCGAAGCCGCGGCACCAGGGCUGCACCACUUCAUAUUCGCUGCAGUUAUUGUUCUUCAAUUAAUAAUCGCGAAGCACGAGCUGCUAUUCCACACCUAAUUGGAGCUUUCUUGGUAUAGUCCUAAAGCUUCAGAAGCAGUAUCGGGCAUUGAAAUACGAAAUGGAUCGGUCCUUGGAUUCGUUCCAAGGCGGGGUUGCCAGAUCCGAGGCUUACCCCAGACUCUGGGGUGCAUAGUAGCAACAUAUCCUCGCAGACAGCUCGGUAACACGUCUUGUUAAAAGACAUUCAAAGUUCUCGUUCUUUUCAACAUUCUGGUCUACACUUUGCAUCUUGAAUUAAAAUCAUUAUUGAUAUUCAGGCCUCUACAAUGUCUGCGACGAUUCCUCCUCUGAUCGCCCACAAGGUUGGUCCCCAGGCCAGGAAAUUGCUCGAUAUUGUGGAAAAAUUUGUUGAAGAAGAAUGUAUACCAGGAGAUGCCGUUGCUAGAGCCCAGUUGGCGGCAGCCAAAGACAGGUGGAACUUCUAUCCACCUAUCAUUGAUGAUCUCAAGGAGAAAGCUAAAAAGCUCGGGCUUUGGAACAUGUUCCUUAGCAAGCAUGCUUAUGCUGAAGGGUUCGACCUGACCAAUCUAGAAUACGGACUGAUUGCUGGCAUUCUUGGAAAAUCAAGCCUUGCAUCGGAGGCUGUCAACUGUGCCGCGCCGGACACCGGUAACAUGGAGGUUAUUGCGAAGUAUGGAAACGCGCAACAAAAAAAGGAGUGGCUUCAACCACUCCUAGACGGAAAGAUUCGUUCUGCUUUCCUCAUGACGGAACGCAAAGUUGCUUCGUCGGAUGCUCGAAACAUAGAGUUGAGCAUCAAACGGGAUGGCAACGAGUAUGUUCUCAAUGGCUCUAAAUGGUGGUCUAGUGGCGCGGGUGAUCCACGGUGCAAGAUCUACGUGGUGCUCGGAAAGACGGAUCCUAAUAAUCCAGACACGCAUAAGCAACAGUCUGUUCUGCUUGUUCCCGCUGGAACGCCAGGAAUUAAGAUUGAGCGGAUGCUGUCUGUCUAUGGUUAUGACGAUGCUCCCCAUGGCCACGCCGAAAUCACAUUCACUAAUGUCCGCGUGCCACUUUCUGCUCUCGUGCUUGGUGAGGGUAGAGGCUUUGAAAUCAUUCAGGGUCGUCUUGGACCUGGUCGUAUCCAUCACGCGAUGAGGUCUCUUGGAUCGGCUGAGAAAGCUCUCGAACUCAUGAUCGCUCGUGUCAAUGAUCCGGCUCGCAAGACUUUCGGCAAGCAACUCAGCCAGCACGGUGUCAUUAUGGAGUGGAUUGCUCGAUCACGUAUGGAGAUCGAUGCUGCGCGGCUUAUCGUGCUCAAUGCAGCCAUUAAGAUUGACGAGACAGACGCUAAGGGAGCCCAGCGCGAGAUUGCUGCUGCCAAGGUCAUGGUCCCGGCCAUAGCUCUGCAGGUCAUCGACCGGGCCGUCCAAGCACAUGGUGCGGCCGGCGUGAGUCAAGAUACUCCGCUAGCAAGCAUGUGGGCACAUAUGCGCACAAUCAGAAUUGCAGAUGGGCCAGAUGAGGUUCAUUUGCAGCAGUUGGGCAGAAAUGAGAACAAGCGAAAUGGGCCCAUCAUUGAAGCCGUUGCCAAACAAAAGGAGAGAGUGGCCGCAAAGUUGAAGGAGUACGGCUUCGAAGCGAAGUUUUAGAGAUUCAUCAUACCAGUAUGUCAGGUUAG